ACAGCUCCUCCAAUUUUCUCGUCUUUGAGUUAGGCCAAUUCUAGUCUACUCUGCUGAGACUUUUAGUCCAAUCCCACAUCAUUGCUUUUGACUCUUGAGAAGUGUAUCACUCCUUUGUCAGUAGUAUUAAGUACUGAACAAUACAGUUAGGAACGGUCCUUAGAUAGAAGAAAUAUCCAGACUUUGUGCAAGAAAUUAAUACAGAGCGGACCUUUUGCUUUUCUUUGUCGUUUCAUCCCUCAAUUUAUCACAAAACUCAUUUGGUUUUCGGUUUCUUGAACACAAAAGAUGGUGGAAAGCACAGCCCCAAAACAAGGUCCUCAGAACCAUCACCAAGUCUUUGAUGUCUCAGUCAAUGUGCUACCACAGGGUGGUUCCAAGUGCUUUGAUGAUGAUGGCAAGCUAAAAAGAACUGGGAGUGUUUGGACUGCAAGUGCUCACAUAAUAACAGCUGUGAUUGGCUCUGGAGUUCUGUCUUUGGCUUGGGCAACUGCGCAGCUGGGAUGGAUUGCUGGUCCAACUGUGUUGUUAUUGUUCGCCUUUGUGACAUACUAUACUUCUGUUCUUCUCUCGGCCUGUUACCGGUCAGGGCAUCCUGAUACUGGCAAAAGAAACUACACUUACAUGGAUGCAGUCAGAGCAAAUCUUGGUGGGUUCCAGGUAAAAGUUUGUGGGGCAAUUCAGUAUAUGAAUCUUUUUGGAGUUGCCAUAGGUUAUACCAUUGCAGCUUCUAUUAGCAUGACGGCUAUCAAAAAAUCCAACUGCUUUCAUUCAAGUGGAGGAAAAGAUCCUUGCAAAGUAUCAAGCACUCCUUACAUGAUCAUUUUUGGGGUUGUGGAAAUCCUGUUUUCCCAGAUUCCAGAUUUUGAUCAGAUAUGGUGGCUUUCAAUUGUUGCUGCAGUAAUGUCCUUCACCUACUCAACAAUUGGUCUUGGCCUUGGAAUUGGCAAAGUUGCAGAAACUGGCAAAGUCAAGGGAAGCCUCACAGGAAUAAGCAUUGGUACUGUUACUCAAACUGAUAAGAUAUGGAGAAGCUUCCAAGCACUUGGAGCAAUUGCUUUUGCCUACUCUUACUCCCUCAUCCUUAUUGAAAUUCAGGAUACAAUCAAAGCCCCACCAUCAGAAUACAAGACAAUGAAGAAGGCAACUCUAUUAAGUGUGGCAGUUACCACAAUUUUCUACAUGUCAUGUGGCUGCUUUGGCUAUGCUGCUUUUGGAGACCUUGCUCCUGGCAAUCUUUUAACUGGAUUUGGCUUCUACAACCCAUACUGGCUUCUUGAUAUUGCAAAUAUUGCAAUUGUUAUCCAUCUAGUUGGCGCAUACCAAGUCUACUGCCAACCCCUUUUCGCCUUCAUCGAAAAAACUGCCAGAAACUGGUUCCCAGAAAACAAAUUCAUCACCAAGGAAAUCGAAAUACCAAUCCCUGGAUUCAAGCCAUACAAGCUCAACCUUUUCAGGUUGGUUUGGCGAUCAAUUUUUGUUGUUAUCACCACGGUCAUUUCCAUGCUCAUGCCAUUCUUCAAUGAUGUGGUUGGAAUUCUUGGAGCAUUUGGAUUUUGGCCCCUCACAGUUUACUUCCCCGUGGAAAUGUACAUAGUUCAAAAGAAGAUACCAAAGUGGAGCACCAGAUGGCUCUGCCUACAAAUCCUGAGCUUGGCUUGCUUGAUCAUUUCUGUGGCUGCUGCAGCUGGUUCAUUUGCUGGAGUUGUUAAUGAUCUCAAAGUUUACAAGGCCUUCAAGACUAGUUAUUGAUUCGGUUCAGCUUCAUCAACAUCAAAAAUAGUUCAGAUUUCUGAAAUUGACGAGGCAGAAGUGAAGAUUAGGAUUUCAAUUCUCAUUGAUGUCCAUAACAACAAUCAUAAAGGGGUAUGGAUAAUACACACCUCUAAUAUUAUUACCCUCUGUAGUUUACUUUGUUCUUACGGUUCCCCAAAAUGGUGGAUCCAAUGUAUGUAUGUAUUUGGAAGUCAAAAUAUGAGUCAUCUUUCAUGUCCCCUCUAUGUAACUUUACCUGUUUCCAUUUGAAUACAAAUUCAAUCAAAGCCUUCAAAGCCAUUUUUUCUCCUUUAA